CCCUGAGCUGACACGUAAUGAAAAAAGCAUGUGUUUUUCUGAAUCUUCAUGUCAUCUUAAUGGACAGAUCGGCAGAGAACUGAAACUCAUAAACGCAAAAAAGGAUGAGUUCUUCGUCUUCGUCUUCUUCCCCUCGUCGUUCUCGUAUUAGCAAUGGAGAAGAUGAGAGGCCAAGAUUCUUCGACUCGAAGGCGAAGAGCAAGUGCUGGGCCAACGCAGAAACAGUGCCUGGUCGUCAUCCUGAGAGAUGGCGCAAAGACGCUGCUGGCAACAUCGUCUGCAAGCGUUUCUGCAACUGCAAAGGCUGCCUCUGCUUCGAGUACGACCACAUCGUCCCCUUCUCCAGAGGUGGUGAGUCCACGGCAGAAAAUUGUCAAAUUCUUCAAACUAGGGUGAAUAGGCUUAAAUCAAACAAAGAGGUGGAUACAACCAGGUUGCAAGGUUACUCUUGCGCUGUCCAGUUUACUGAUAAGGAGCUUGACAUUAUCGAAAUGGCCGUUUAUGGGGAUGUAAGUCGGCCUGGUAAUCAGUGUCGCUGCAGAACUCUUGCUGAAAUGCUUGGAAAAUACAAGUCAAAAGAUGACUUGGCUGCCUGCAAACUGCCAUAUGAUAAAGAAUCUUUAUAGCAAACAAAGGCUACAUAUUGAUGCAAGACUCUUGACAAGAUUUUCAAACAACAUGUAUCUGAUUCUGCAUAUCUGAUGUUGUGCAGAGUGCUUGAGAACAUGUUCAUUCUGAUAGGAACGUAAACUGAAAUUGAACCUCCCCCAAGCUUUUUGGGGCCACAAAUUGAACACUUGAAUCAGAUCUGUGAUUGUAGUUUUGGAUUUGAUGAGAUGUCGUUUUCAUCCCCAUUUCGCGUGGAGUGUUGCUUUGUCAAAGGUGGGUUGAAUUCUGCCUCAAUCCUUCAUACUUGUAAAGCGCAAUGGGAUUCCAUCGGUGUGGGGAUGGGAUGGCUCUCCUUUGUCUCCACUUUGGAAGAGGAAAGGGAAUGAUUGAGCUCAUUGAACUA